UUUUGUUUUAGAAGAAUAUUGCUUUUCUUCACAAUUCCUUUUCAAAAAUUUCAUACCUUAGCUUGCAGAGAUAAAAUGUUUUCACAAUAAUAUUGGAUUUUUCCAGGAUGGUGUUAAUUUUUAAUAGCGUCUCUUUUCAGUCUGUGCAUCUUGAAAUUUGGUUCGGAAGACAGGACCUCUCCAUUGGUUUCGAGUGUGCAAUACUGGGGAGUACUAUGGUGACCAAGCGACUGGCGCUCAGCAGUUCCCAAACUAGCAUUUAAUUCUGGACACUUUUCCAUAAAUGGUUUCAGUAGACUGCUUCUUCCCUGGGGGCUGAAAUGGGUCCCAGACAGGCCACAUCUCCCCAGGUGACAGCAGAACACGGCCCUGUGUGGUAGCGCUUCCUUCUCGGGAGACCUAGUUCAUGUUACUGUGCACAGAUCAGUCUGAAUGUUGAGGGGUGCUUUUUCUGAAAAAGAAAUUUAAAGUUAUGUAGGAGGCAGCAAGGCUUUCUAAGAAUAUUUUUGGCAGGCUGAUAAAGAAGGAUAAAAAAAAAAAAGAAAAGAAAUGAUACAGGCCUGGGAGAGUAGUGCGAGCCGUUGGGACGCCGCCAGAUUCUGGCGUACGCAACUGAGGAAGACAAUGGCCUUUACUGUUACUAUUCAAAAACGCUGUCUACGUCCUUCAAUCGUCAACUAAAAUUAUCUCACUUUCAAAGUCCAGACCCCCGGACUGUGGGUCGGGGGGAGGGCCUGGCUUCCAGGCAGCCAAACAUUAUCCCAGUGUCCUCGGCGGUCCUCCCCUGCGGAGCUGGGUACUGGGGAUGGGGAGAGGUGCGUAGAGCCGGGGCGCGUGGCCCGCCUUUCCCGGCUGUCAGUCUCGGGGCCACUCCAGCUUCCAGGUGGGGACGCCCCCUCCCCCGCAGCGCAGCUCCGCGGGCGGGGAGGAGGGGCUGGGCUGCGAUUGCCCGCCCCUCUAUCUAUCACAUGGCCGGAGCGCCACAAAAACAACAGCUUUGGCCGUGGCUGGGAUUUCAGGACAGGAAACCAGGGGCCCCUGCUACAGCCCCCACCCCAUGGAGGAGAGUUUUCUCGAAUCCUUUGGGAGGCUGAGCCUCCAACAGCCGCAGCCUCGGCCCCCGGCCCCGCCGCCCCCGCGUGGGACACCCCCGCGCCGACACAGCUUUAGGAAACACCUCUACCUUCUGCGAGGCCUCCCUGGCUCGGGGAAAACAACACUGGCCAGACAACUGCAACAUGACUUCCCCAGGGCCCUGAUUUUCAGCACCGAUGACUUCUUCUUCAGGGAAGAUGGUGCCUAUGAGUUCAAUCCAGAUUUCCUAGAGGAGGCUCAUGAAUGGAACCAGAAAAGAGCAAGAAAAGCAAUGAGGAAUGGCAUAUCCCCCAUAAUUAUUGAUAAUACCAACCUCCACGCCUGGGAAAUGAAGCCUUAUGCAGUCAUGGCACUUGAAAAUAACUAUGAAGUUAUAUUCCGAGAGCCCGAGACUCGCUGGAAAUUCAACGUGCAAGAGUUAGCCAGAAGAAACAUUCAUGGAGUCCCAAGAGAAAAAAUACACCGAAUGAAAGAACGGUAUGAGCACGAUGUUACCUUUCACAGUGUGCUUCAUGCGGAAAAACCAAGCAGAGUGAGCAGAAGCCAGGACAGGAGCAGCGCAUCGCCUCCCAACAGGGCAGGACACUGGAAUCCUUACGCAGAGUUCCCAAACCGGAGGGCUCCCGGGGGCUCCACACAUGAGAGCUCCUUUAACAGAAGGGGGGGCAGUCACCAUGGGUAUUAGAGGCCCAUCUUACAGGCAUUCCUAGUUUUCCUAAAUCAGUUUUUACUUCGAUUUUUGGUAUUUAGUCUUUGUUCAGUUUUAGUCAGAGCUCUAAUUCCAGUGUAAAUAGUUGAACUUGUACGUUUUUAUGUAGAAGUCACCACAUUCAUCUUCAAGAGGCAUUUGUUAAAGUGAUUCUCUAUGCAUGGUCUGAUGCUGGGAGUUCUGCAGUUUCAUUAAACCAACUCACUCUCCAGGGAAAGAACUACUUUCAAGCUGAACCCCAAGAACAUACGUAAGAACAUAAUCCAUUAAUCACAUAGGUUCAUAAAAUAAAGUGUUUAUAGUAUAUAUAAGCUUCAGUACUACUUUCUCUGAAGUAAUUUGUUUUUUUCAGUAAUUCAUCUCCAUCAGGAAAGUUGGAAACGUGGGAGGAGUGAGAGGCAGGAAAAGUUUUAGUGCCAUUGAUACUUUUUAAAUCUGUUUAUCCAAAAAUGUGAGAUGUGUGGCUGUAAUGAUGAUAUUGAUUUUCCUUUAGAGUGAAUAUACUAGAAAGUAUACAUCUAAGGGCAUACUGUCCUUCAAAGUAGACACUUUGGGAAAUUAUUCCUUUAUUCUAGUGACAAAUCAUUGUUAAAAAUGUCUGUCAAAGCCUUCUUAAUACAAGCUACUGAGGAAAACCAGUGUCGUUAUUUAAAGUCACUAUUUAUAGUCUUGUGUUUUAACUACCACUUCAUUGAACAGGAUUAAACCUAAAUAACUUUUGGCUGUUGUGCUAAUAGCAUAAAUAAAAGAAGCCUCCUUUAUGAAACACUGAUUUUUAAUCUGAAUCAUUAAGCAGUUAAAAAAAUUUUCCUUAUAUGUGUAAUUAGUUGGCAGCCCCAGUGUUUGGAGUGAAAGGAAUUAAGCAUCCCAGGAUAUAGGUCAGAGAUGGGUAUGUGAAAGGCACGCUAUCAGAUGAGCAGUCUUGGUGUUUUACAUGGCAUUGACAAUGAAAUUCAACCACAACUCUGGAAUGUCCCUCUUCUACCAAUAUGAAUUUGUGAAUCCAAAUUAAAUCUCAACAGGUUGGAAUCAGAUUAAUUUGGUGUGAGACUGACAGUUAAGACUAUGUAGGAUGUGUGUUUUACUUCCUGUUGGCCAACAGCUUCUUGCUAACGUUCUGUGAAGUUAUUAUUUUAAGUGUCUUAUAUAAUGGUGCUUUUUUGGUUAUUAAAAAUUAUACACGGUGUUGCUUUAUAUGGAUUUGUCAUUGAAUCUAAGCCUUUUUUGUUCAAUAUAAAAAAUUUAAUUACCUAAAUCCCACAGAAUACCAUAUUGAGAACCAAUUUUUAUAUCAUAAAUUUACCAAUCUUCUUUAAUAAAUAGG